CACCGACGACAACAACAACAACAACAACAACAAUGGCUGCUCUUCGUGGGAUUCCUGCUUUUCACGUGGAUUAUCAACUUUUAUCAGGAGAUAUCCCUCUGCUCGGAGAUGGCGUCCGAGUUGCGCUUCGCUCUCAAGCGCAACCGCUCCAAAACGACAACGACAACAAGCCACAACAAUACACUCCGUACGUCCACCAGUUCCCGAGCAUCGCCGAAGGAUUCCGAACCGUCAUCCGAGCAUCGGUUCCAUCCGCUCGGCCCACCCUACGCACAGUACGAAUUCGAUCCGAAAGCGGUUGGACAAUAAAUCACACCCACAACAACAGCGUACUCGUAUAUUUACGCCACAAACACACUUAUUCAAUGUAGUUAUCGUAAAAAUCAUACCACGAAUGCAGCAGCAGCGCCAUGUUUACCCUUUUUUUUCGCAUGUAUCCGUACUAGAACAAUCUAGGUGUCAGAAAAGAGAAGCGCAUUUCCUUCGGUGCAUUUUGAAACAAUUUGUUCAUUUUUUCUAAACUGAAAAUAAGACUUGAAGUAAAUGUAUACUAACUUGCCCCUUUCCCGAUGAAUUUAUCUUAUUCCUUCUGAUACCAAUCUGUUUGUAACGAUUCUUCCCUGAACAAUAUGCUUAGAGAAAAUUGUAAAAAAAAAAACAUAUAAGCGAACAAAAUCUAGCGAAAUUCAUAUGAGAAAAA